ACAAAAAAUUGAUUGAUCCGAUCGAUAAAAAUGGGUUCUAAUCAAUCAAAAUGUGAAUCCGAAGAAAAUGCCGAUAAUAAAAAUUUAAUGAAAUUAGAUUCCAUAUCAACUGUAUCGAUGGCAUUCACUGCCACUAAUGAUUGUUGUAUUGAUACUGCUGCUGGUACAGAUGAUAUGAUUGAUUUAAAACAAUCAUCAUUAUGUAGCUGUCAAUUGCAACGACAACGACAACGACAAUUGCGGCAUAUUUCUCAACAUCAUCAACUGAUUUCCAAUCAAUCAGAUGUAUGCGAUAAAUCUAUUAUUGAUCAUCAACGAUCAAAAUCAUUACCACCAAUAUCACAGAAUUCAUUUGUUUUAGAUAUGGAUGAUAUUCAUCAUAUUAAUCAUCCUGUUCACCAUCAUCAUCAACAACAACAUAAAUCAACCAACAUUGAUGGUGAUUAUGGAUUUUCUAAUUUGGAUUCAAUUUCACCUUUAUCGGAUAAAAAUAAUGCCGGUACUUCUAUUGUUCGAAAAACUAAUGGACGAAAAUCAAGUUCAAUCAUUUUGAUUGCAUUUUUUGAUACAUUAAUAAUGUUGUUGAUGUUAGCAUUGGCCAUUAUUUUAAGAUUUACCGAUGAAAUUAAACCUAUUGAUACAUGGUUUGCCAAACGGAUGGUCUGUAUGUUUGAGCCAUUUUAUAGUUGGCCAUAUCAUUUGGUUUCGAAUACCGAAGGCAAAUUAUUAUUCGAUAAUCUUUCUAGCGAUGAAUUUCUUUUCUAUGUUUUUGUUUUCAUCAUUCCUGUUGUUAUCAUAACAUUAAUGGAAUUAAUACGAAUUCUUAUUCGUCAAAUUGUACAUGGUGAUUAUGAUAAUUAUAGUGAAACAAUUAUUGUACCGAAAAUAAAUCUGUCCAUUCCAUUAAGUGUACGUCGUAUUUGUCGUAUUUUAGCCGGAUUUAUUCUAGGAUUAUCUGCAUGUAGUAUUAUUGCCGAUUUUAUAAAAUUACAAACCGGACAAUAUCGACCAUACAUCUUGGAUAUUUGUCCAGAUUUUUGCCAUAAUUUAUCAACAACUAAUUCGAAUCCGACUUGUUGGCGUACUGGUAAUAUUACUGAUGAUAUUCGUAUCGAUGUUCGUAAAUCAAUGCCAAGUAUUGUUGCAACAUUAAGUUCAUAUUCAACAAUUUUUCUUGUUUAUUAUAUAACGGCAGCAUUAAAUUAUAGAGCUACAAAAGUAUUUCGUUUAUUAUUAUCGGUUAUAAUUAUUGUUUUCGGAAUUUUAUUGUCAAUUUCACGUUUAACAUCUUAUCGUAAUCAUAUUUGGGAUAUUUUAGCCGGAUGGCUGAUUGGUUAUCCAUUAGCUUACUAUAUUGUUUGGUAUCAUUUGAAUGGAUUUUCAAAUCGUUUAUCGAUUAGUAAUUUAUUUUCCGCUAAAUCACAAUGUCGUGGUAAUUGUUGUAUGAAUAAUAUUCAUAAUGCAUUAAUAACAUCAUCAGCCAAUUGGCCUACAUUUCAUAUACCUCGUGUUCAAACCAGUGCCAAAACAAAUUCAAAUACCAAUAAUGAAAGUGUUGCCCGUAUUCCUAGCUUUCUCAAAACUAAUUAUUCACACAACAAUCAAAACGUUCAAGCUAAACAAUCAUCAUCAUCACACUCGAAUGCCUAUAUUAAUCCUGCAUUCAGUCCAGAUGAACAUCAAAAUAAUCAAGAUAAUCAUCAUUAUCAUUCAAGUCGAAUAGUUCUUGAUUCAAAUAAUAAUCAAUUGGGUAAACGAGAUGGCCAAAAUCAUCGACACCAACACCAACAACAACAACAAAAUCGUAAUCGAUUACAAAUGCGAACAUUUGCCAAUUGAAUCAAACAAAAUCAAAUCAUCACCAAAAGCUUUUUUUUUCCUAUAAACUAAACUAAAAACAACAGAAAAAUAAAUAAAUUA